AUGGGAAUUUGCCGUAAAGGAUUAAAGAGGAUUAAAAGGUUGGCACUUUACGCCAAAAGGUCGCCAAUUGAGGCCGAAUUAGACAGAUUUUGGGGACUGCCUCCGGUCAACUCUCCAGUGGCCAAGAAAAAAAAGAUAAAGAGACCAAAGCCAGCUGUAGUAGACACUAAACCAUCUCUGGAUAACAUAAACUUUGAUGUCGUCACCCAGAAAGCUCCAGAGGUCCAGAAACCUGAGCCAAAAGUUGAGAGGAGGAAAGGGAAUGGCCCUGAUCCGGAGCUUGCAAAGGAAAAAAAGUUCUUCAAGGACGCUGUAAAGGAUCUGAGGACUCUAGUCUAUCCACAUCUCAAUCCAAUCGCCAAGAAACGCUUUGACGAAAUCAAACUCAUGGCCCUUGGAGGAAAGGUCGCAAAAAAUAGGAAAAUGCCGAUAAAGGAGUAUGUACAGCGCAAAAACGCCAUGAAGAGACACAUUGAAAAAGACAAGAAACUUGAAAAGGAACUUGGCGUUAAAUUCAUCGUAGAUACAAAAGGUGGUGCAAGAUCUGCCGAAUUGGAAAAGAAGAAGAUCCAACGGGAGAUUAGGAGCAGAAAGUCUCUAUUUGACUUUGGAGACCGCAACGGAAUAUAUCGCAUUCGUCCAUAA